ACUGAGUUUCAAUGUACAUUGCUCAGGAUAUUUAACAUAUGGUCUGCUUGUUUCGGAAUGAUGAAUUAUCGACAUGACUGGCAGAGUAAAACACCACGGGCAUCUUAGUCCUACUGAUAUCUUUGCUCACUCAUCGUGUACUGAAAUACAAAGUAUAGGUAUAUAUUAGAAAACGACUUGGUGAGAUAAUGCGCAUGUGCUGUGUACCAGAAGUGCUGGUCGGGCCUCCCGGAUGAUGAGCGUCUCGGUGACCACGUUGCCUUGAGUUCCUAGAACUCACUCCUGAGUGGGUGAAAAAACUCAGCAAAGGACCCCAGCAGUUUCUGACUGUUCCGGUAGGUGGAAGAAAAAAUAAUUAAAGAGACAAAAAGACAGUUAUGCAUCUCCGGCCCCUGAGGGACCUCUCUGUUUCCGAGUUCCAUUGUUGAGGAAUGUCAACGUGAGUCAGAAAGGGAAUAAACUCUGCAAGAAUAGGAACAGAAGUGCUAAAGAGGAACAUUUACUCAAGCAAUUUAAAUUCCAGGGAGUUUUGAUGCAUCUCCCUGAGGACUUAAAGCCAUCUCCCAGAGUCUGGACUUCAGCGGCGGCAUGUAAAACCAAAAGUCAGACAUUUUACACAGGAACCUGGUGAUAAUACAUACAAAUGAGAUAAACAUCGACAGCAUUUGUAAACUGUGGGCAAAGGUCACAUGAUCAAACUUCCGGAACACAUCAGCCUAUGUGAUAUGUACGUGACUUCCUUGUUCUUCAAUGUGAACAGAUGUGAUAAAAUGAUAAAAAUGGUGAUUGUUCGUGCCAGGUUUUGUCUUGAAUACGUUUUGGUCGAUUGUUGAUCAGGAAAAACAGCUGGGACCAGACUACGGAGAGUUAAAUGGCUUUGUGCACAGAAGAGUGAGUGGAGCUGACUGCUAAGAGAGGGUGUGGAAUCUUGUUGAGGAGCCACAGGGCUCGCCUGUCAGCUGGAGAGCUUGCAAAAAAUCUGCUUUGCCCCAAUUUGCCAAACCACGAGCCUUGUCAGGCCACCAGCAGGCCUAUCCCCGGAAGCAAGACUCCAGGGGGGCGCCAAGUCUCAUCGACUGAGGGCUGCCGGCCAAUCAGAGCUGUGCCGCUGGGGAGGUCGUGACUGCUGCCGGAAGCACAGGGACCGGAGUCCCGGGACCAGAGAGGGACCCAGGCCACAGGUCUAAGCAUAUUGGCUCAAUAUGCCUCUAGAUAACCAGCAAGACGCAGACGAUUCAGAAAGAAAAGAUUUGUCCAACCUUGUAACAGACAAACUGUUGAUGCAACUAGCUGGAAAACUGGGGAACAACUGGCAGAGCUUGGCGAUUGAGCAUCUAGGCUUUCAGGGAAAUGAAGUUGAGAACUUUUAUUCCGAUGGGUUCAAUAACCAAAAUAGAGCAUUUAAAAUGUUAAUGGCUUGGAAAUGUCGAGAAAAAUGCCUGACAGUCAUAAACCUGAUCCAUAUUCUUGAUAAAGCCAAUAUUGAUCCCGACGCUUGGGCCUUUCUCGAUCAUAAAGGCAAUAAUUUCAAUGAUUUGAGAUGCAAAUGUUGUCAAGAAAUAAUGAAUUGCCACUGCAAAUGUAAUCUUGCUGAAGAAAUGACGUUCUCCAACCCGAAUGAUGAUGGAUAUAGUGUUCAUAUUAAAGUUACCAUAGCUAAGGCUCUUGAUGCCCAAAAAGUAGCGGGAAAAGACAUGGACAAUCUAUUUAAAGAAAUAUUCGAAACUAAAGUCGGACUACGCUUGAGAUUUCUCGAAAUUGUUAAUUCCAUGGAGUCUAAUCUUCUGAAAAUUGCAAGAGGAUGUAUAGAGUUCCGGCUGCAGGCACUAUCGUAUGCUGCUCUCCUGAAUCUUAGCCUGCAGUUUGUAAAAGGGGGAUCUGAAGGGAUAAAGCAGCUCCCUCCUUUACACCAGAAGCUACGGGAUACGAUGGGGGAAGAACUUUCAUCUGGAAACAUAACGACAGCGAACCUUUCUUUCACCAACUAUUUCGAAGGUGGAUCUUACAGAAGUGCACUGGAAUUCUUUUGUGGAGGAUUUGCUAUUGAUGAUAUGCUCCCAAUCAUAAAAAAGCGGUUACAAUUCCAGAAUAUUGAUUAUCUGUGCAUUGAUAUGAGAACUGCACCACAGACAACGCUAAGUGAUCUGAGGGGAGAAUUUGUGAAGCACCGUCACAGAAAAUUACAUGAACUCGAAAGGAAAGUGUUAAAAGAAAAGACACUAAGCAAAAGUGAUUACAAGCUUAUUAGUAAGUUAAUUCAUAACAUUUUGAAUAAAUCUGACAAAGGGCAUGGACAGGAACUCAGGAAGGAUGAAGUUAAAGCUCUACCAGGAAACAAAGUCAAGAAAGUAAUUGAAAAAGAAAAGUGUCAGGAGAAGCAGCGUGGGAAAAAUGAGAAAUCAAAGACUCGGAAAAGAGAGAAAGUAUCCAAAGACUUAACGGCUUCAGGAAAGAGAGUAAAAGUAAUGGAAGGAUUAGAGAGCCCUGGGAUAAAGGUGGAGAGAAUCCAGGAACUUGAGACCCCAGGGAAGAAAAUGAUGCAAGUCCUGGAUUUCAAGCUGGCCACAAUGGAAAUGAAGAAGGUUCAGGAAUUAGGGUUUCCAGGGAUUGAAACACACAAGCUAGAGCCUUCUGUUGAGAAGAUGCACACAUCAGAUCCUCAUGCACAGAAGUUGGAGACAAGUUUAAAUUAUGAGCCUUCUUUGAAACCAAAGAACAUCAGCGAAGAUACUAAACAAUUCAUGGAGAAGGCAUCCCAGAAAAUAUCUUCACCAACGAUGAGGAAGAAAGAGGCAAGACAGCUAAAACCCAAGAAAGAAAGCAAGCAAACAAAAGACAGGAACCGAAAAGGAAACAAAGUCAAGAAAGUAAUUGAAAAAGAAAAGUGUCAGGAGAAGCAGCGUGGGAAAAGUGAGAAAUCAAAGACUCAGAAGAGAGAGAAAGUAUCCAAAGACUUAACGGCUUCAGGAAAGAGAGUAAAAGUAAUGGAAGGACUAGAGAGCCCUGGGAUAAAGGUGGAGAGAAUCCAGGAACUUGAGACCCCAGGGAAGAAAAUGAUGAAAAUCCUGGAUUUCAAGCCGGUCACAAUGGAAAUGAAGAAGGUUCAGGAAUUAGGGUUUCCAGGGAUUGUAACACACAAGCUAGAGCCUUCUGUUGAGAAGAUGCACACGUCAGAUCCUCAUGCACAGAAGUUGGAGACAAGUUUUAAUUAUGAGCCUCCUUUGAAACCAAAGAACAUCAGCGAAGAUACUAAACAAUUCAUGGAGAAGGCAUCCCAGAAAAUAUCUUCACCAACGAUGAGGAAGAAAGAGGCAAGACAGCUAAAACCCAAGAAAGAAAGCAAGCAAACAAAAGACAGGAACCAAAAAGGGCAAAUAGAUUUUGGUCAAGAAGCCUCAACAUCAAAAAUGAAAGAACAUAUAUACGUAAAAAAGAAAACAGACAGGAAACAACCUACUGAUUUGGAUAGCAUAGUGACAAUCCAACAGCUCAAAAGGUUAGCAGGAAACCUGGGCAACGAAUGGAAGAAUCUAGCAACAGAAGGCUUGGGAAUUAGUAAAACUGUUUUGCAGCGAAUGGAACGAGAUAAGACUGGUCCCAAAGAUAGAGCAUUGGGAAUGUUAAUGGCUUGGAGAAAACAAGGAAAAUGUAAUCCAACAAUAAGGAAUCUCAUUGAUGCCCUAAAUAAGGGAAAUAUUUCCUCUGAUUCAUGGAGAUUUCUGAUACACAAAAUUGAUACGCUUAAAGAAAAGCAGACAAAAACGUUUGAAGUUGUCAUCCGCGGCAAGUUGAAAAAGAAGCCCAAGAAAUGCUACGGAUGUAGCAAGCAGCUCCUUGAAGAAGAAAAUUCCGACCUGAUAUUGAAGACCCAGGAUGUCCGAACAUACUACGGCCCUUGUCAACAGAGGCAUCUUGCUUUUCAGGCUUCCAAUGUGUACUUCCACUUGCUUGAGAAAUGUGUGCAGAAGAAAUAUGGGUUAUUUAACCUACAUAAGUUCAUUGUCCCAAAUUCUGUGAUGGCAUGUUUAACUAGCAAACAGCUUACAACGCUGCAAGGCAUGAAUAUCAUCCAAGAUGCAGGAGGCCCAAAACCCAAAACGGAGAAAAUUGACUAAGCCGGCCCAAUAGGAUAAAGCUAAAGAAAAGCUUCCCCCAAUCCUUAAUUCCCCCUCCCCUGCCCCAUGUUAGCAAAAAAUAUUCCUUUGAAUUCCCUCCUGAAUAGUCUUCAGUGGCUUCAGGGUAGUGACAGAAACAAAGCUAGGGGGAGAAUUUUCCCCCCGUCGGGGGUAGAGCAGGGGUUGUGCGGGGGUUGGGCAGUGUCCCAUGAGCUGGGACAUGUCAAUGAAUCUUUUAAAAAAAAAUUUUAUUCAAUUAAUAGAUUCUUCAUGAAGCCUCAUCCCACCUGUGGAUGAGGUUCCGUGAAAAAUAUGAAGGCCGCCUGGGCUCUUCUCCUGCCCCCCCCGCAACCUUAAGGUUGGACGGAUGGUUCACUCGGACAGCUCACUUUAUUGGUUUAGUUAGUUUUUAAAUGGCCUUAAUAGGCCUUUGACACUUCGGUGGGCGCGUAGCAGACUCGGCUGCGCGCCCGUCGAACUGAAAACCUAAAUGACGCGCGGUGAUGUUGGGACACUCACUUGGUGACACCACGCGUCAUUUUAUGCGUCGGCGAGCAGGCCCCGCCCCCCCUCUCUCCGAACCGAAAAUCCUGCCCGAGGAAUUUCACGUCCAGGAAUUUUUGCUUUUAGCAUCAAAUGGGUGGUAGUGAGAUGAACAUCAGGAAGUAAAUGCAGAGGUUCAAGGAGGCAGCUCACCACCGCCUUCUCAAGGGCAACUAGGGAUGGGCAAUAAAUGCUGGGCCCACAUCCUGUGAAUGAAUUAAAAGAAAAGAGGUUGGAUAGACUUGGGUUGUUUUGUUG